GCCACAGUAUAUCGUCGUACUCGUCGACGAUAGAACUCGAACGGGUUACGAGACGUUAUUUCCUUGAUUUUCACCCGCCGUAUUUAAUCAUUUUCCCUCCGAACGUAAAAACCAAAGUUUCUGUAAACAGUAAAAUUAUUGGAAAAAUCCUUACAAUUACGAAAAUUGUCAAAUUCCAAUCCCUGUAACGUCGUUGUAUAAACGUCUCUAAGUGAAAAAAAAAAAUGAUGGCGACCUGCAUGAAAAACGUCGGGAAACAGGCAUCGCGAAAAAACUACGGUACAUGGAGCAAGAUCCUGUCAUUUUUCUCCAGCAAGAAAAAUGGCUAUGCAACAGAAGCCAGUUUCGAAACAAAACCUUUUCGUCUUCACAAACUCGAAUCUGGACCCUCUAAUAAAGUCAGCGUCAGUCGCGACGAAGCCCUGACCAUUUACAAAAAAUUGCACACCGUUCGUCGGAUGGAAACAGCUGCUGGUAAUUUGUACAAGGAAAAAAUUGUCCGAGGUUUUUGUCAUUUGUACUCUGGACAGGAAGCCAUAGCUGUCGGAAUGACUCAAGCUCUGCGUCAACAAGAUUCGGUAAUUACAGCUUACAGAGCUCACGGCUGGACUUACUUGAUGGGAAUUUCGCCAGUCGGAGUGCUCAGCGAACUGACAGGACGUCAAAGCGGUAAUGCACGAGGCAAAGGAGGUUCUAUGCACAUGUAUGCAAAAAACUUUUACGGAGGAAAUGGUAUCGUUGGAGCUCAGGUACCGUUGGGUGCAGGCAUCGGUUUUGCCCACAAAUACAAAGGUGACGGUGGCGUCUGUAUAGCUCUGUACGGUGAUGGUGCUGCAAAUCAAGGGCAAAUCUUUGAAGUUUAUAAUAUGUCGAAAUUGUGGGACGUUCCCUGCAUAUUUGUAUGCGAAAACAACGGAUAUGGAAUGGGAACUAGUGUCGAUCGUGCAUCGGCCAGUACCGAAUACUACACACGAGGAGAUUAUGUUCCCGGAAUUUGGGUUGACGGUAUGGAUGUACUCGCAGUGAAAGAAGCAACGCGUUUUGCCCUGGAUUACUGCUCGUCCGGCAAAGGACCUCUCGUCAUGGAAGCGAUGACUUACAGAUACAGUGGUCACAGUAUGUCCGACCCUGGCACGAGUUAUCGAACGAGGGAAGAGAUUCAAGAAGUGAGACAAACUCGUGAUCCCCUCACGAGCUUUAAGGAGAGAAUUCUCAAUGCUAAUCUCGUAACUGCUGACGAACUCAAGCAAUUGGAAACGGAGAUAAGGAAAGAGGUCGACGAGGCGGUUAAGGUAGCGAAAUCGGACAAGGAGAUUCCGUUGCACGAGUUGACGACGGAUAUUUACGCGAAGAAUUUGGAGCCGGAAAUUCGAAACACGACGCCAUUCGCGCCGUUGAAGCAUGCGAACUUGGGUCCGGCAGUGAACGCUUGAGAAGGAUGAGGUCGGAUCGACCCGUGGCUUUUUCCCCUUCGCAAAAAUCUCAGUUAGUUAAUUUAUCGCACGCGAGAAUAUCCAAAGCGAUAGGAUCGCCACUUGUACAGGGAGCGGGACAGAAUUCGAUGCGAACUGACGUCUUAUAAUUUCGCGAAUUCGAAACCGUUAAAUCGACGAAAGAAAAAACCAUAGGAAACCAAUACGAAUAAAGGGAAAACGAGAACGAAUCGUUAGUUUCUCGCUCGCUUAUCGUUUCUCAUUGCUGAACGAAACAUUUGACGAAAUGGCUCAAUCGAACGAACGUUUACUGCCAAAUUAUUUAUAUCACACCAAAGUCAAACGCUCGUACGAUUGUGAGAAAUAAAUAUUGAGAACAAGCACAACAACCGAGAACGAAUCUCAUGGAACGAUCUAAAUAAUUGUUAUUGUUAUUAUUCGGUGUACCUGAGUGACGAACGUUCUCGUAACACGUGUGAGAAACAAGCGUCGCGAGAAGGAAAAAGAGAAACUGUGUAUUAUACGAAAAUAAAUCUAUGCGGGAUUCA